CAUGUUUUGCCCUCUUAAAUCAAAAUAAUAAAGAUUAUAUGUGGCAUGGAAACCACGUGAAACAAUUAAUGCGUUUGUAUGCUUGCUCACACACACACAUACACACACUACUAUACUGUAAUAACCGCUGCAAAAAAAAGGGACGGAUACUUUUAGGUAAUACAAACUGAGACCGCCGUAGAGUAGCCCAACCUUGUAGUCUGCAUUUAGCCCAUUGAAUGGGCGUGAAGGAGGGGGCGCACUCCGCUAUGACACCAUGAGAGGAUGCCCUAGCUAGCUGAACAUUCCAGCGCUACAUGCAUCAUUUAUUAGGGCCGACGGGUGAGUCGCGCUGCAGCUAUGGCGGCACCUUUAGCACACUUCGAUGAUGAGUGGCAGGAUUUUAACGAAUUUAACCCGGUGUCCGGGAAGGAUCACCAGCUGGACAGAGUUAAUCUCAACGUGCAGGAUGUCUCAGGGCUCUUAGAAGACUUUCCGGAGCUCGAUAACGGUUUCUCCGGGGAAAUCGGUAGUUUUAAAUCGAUGGAGGACCUUGUGAACGAUUUCGACGAGAAGUUGACAGUGUGUUUCCGAAAUUACAACACCAAGACGGAAAAUAUAGCACCCGUGAGGCCAAUCACCGAGGAAACUAUCCUGAAGAAUGAUGAGAUUUGGAAUGCUCUGACGGACAACUACGGGAACAUCAUGCCCGUGGACUGGUCUCAGUCUCGGACGCGCUCCCUCCAUCUCCCCACACUAAACCUGGAUGAAAAGUCUAGGGUCGAUAAUGUGAACCUUGACCUAUCAGACGAUGAGGAACUGAGAGAACAGAUGGACAUGCACUCCAUCAUUGUCUCCUGCAUCAAUGAAGAACCGUUUUUCACUGCAGAACAGGUCAUUGAGGAGAUAGAGGAGAUGAUGCAGGAGUCUCCAGACCUGGAUGCUGAGCAGAACCCAUCUCAGUCCGACCUGUCUCUCCUCUCUCUGGAAUUACACAGAUCCAGCACUAGCCACAGCUACGAGGAGCGAGUGCGGACCCUGUCCCUCCCUGAGCUGAACGAGCUGCUGGAGGAGGUGGAGACGGCUAUCCGGCGCUACUCGGAGGAGCUGGUGCAGCAGCUGGCCCUGCGCGACGAGCUGGACUUCGAUAAGGAGGUGAAGAACAGCUUCAUCUCGGUUCUCAUCGACGUGCAGAACCGGCAGAAGGAGCACCGAGAGCUCUUGAGGAAAAAGAAGAAGCUGAAGGGAAGCGCUGCGACACCGCCCAACCGCUCUGAGCGAACAGUCGCGCCCGGAACACGCUUCAGCAUGGAGGGAAUCUCUUCUGCCAUUCAAAAUGGUUUCCGACAAACUUUUGGGACUGGGGGCGGGGAAAAACAGUAUCUGACCACAGUAAUACCUUAUGAGAGGAAAGGAGGGCCUCCAUCAGUAGAAGACCUUCAGAUUCUUACUAAAAUUCUUCAGGCCAUGAGGGACGACAGCGAUAAAGUGCCAAGUCUCCUAACAGACUACAUCCUCAAAGCUUUGGUGUGAGCAGACGGACAGAGAGUGCUCUGCCCCACAUAAACAGAAGAAUUCCCACCAGUCCAUCAGAACAAAAGACUCUGGAUUGAGUUUUUCAUCCACUGUGAAUAGUAGCAUACAUGUGUUUUCCUUAUUUAUAUAUGCAUGAUAUUUUGCCUUUCCUUAAGGGUUCAUUGUAUUUUUAAUUUUUCUGUCUUUUGCAUAUUUACUACAGUGUACACACCAGUGCACUGUGUUUUUAAAUGGUAUGUGUAUACUGUGCAGAUUUCAAAGCGUCAUUGUGGGCUGUAAUUUUCAGCUUUGCAUUUUGCACUAAACACCCAUAAUAUAUUUUGGCUGCAUGAGUCAAGCAGUCAGUGAAAUAUUGCUUUUAGCUCAUAAAGACACAGUCAUUUUACAGUACAGGGUACAUGCAAUGUCUGCAGACAACUAAGGACAACUUUGAUUUCAUUGUGGGUGAGACCGAUUAAUGUUAACAAUUGAGUUUGAAAUACCCAUGGUGUUAUAACUAAAAGUACAGGUGUUCAUUGAAACAGGAAAGUGCAAUGGGAGUUUUGUUAAGAUUGAUUGUAGGCUUAUGAGUGUCAGUAACAGAUUUGGUCAUCAUCCACUACCAAAAUUCCAACCGGUUGUUUCCAGAAGCGUGCCUCCAUAGCGAAGAGGCAGAAAAUAUGUCUGGCCAUGUGAGACUAUGUUAGCCUUACUGCAGGCAUAAAAGCCAGCCAAUUUGCUAAGUGAUUAUAUGCAUUAGUCCAAACUGUAAAGAUUGUUUUGUAUACCUCAGAGAGAUGCAGACAACAUUCUCCAGUCACAUUAUGGCAUGGUAAAUUCCACACUCUGUCAGUAUAUUGGGUCAAAAUGAAAAGGUCACUCUUGUUGUGACUUGACCUGCCUAUCUGGGGCAUAGGAACCAUACAGUUUGAUUCGUUAAACAUUAUAUUUGAUUGAUUGCAUUUUGCUGAUCUCUACUGCACAGUUGUGGAGAUCAUUCAAUUAACAACAGUGUGAAGACAUAUAAAACUGUUAUAAAACUGUAAUAUAUUUACAUAUAUAUUUUAAUAACGAAAUUUGGAUUGUAAAAAUCUGAUUUAACAUUGUAAAAAAUAUGUUAUAAGAUAUUCCCACAGACGUUGCUUGAUAAGUGAGACUGUCAGUGGAAUUAGACUUUAGGUGGAAUGUAGAGGAUCUGUCUGGCACAGAGCUGGUUCUGAUCUGCUGAGCACAGAAUCAAAACAGAUCAGAAUCCUUUUCAGUCAGCUGCUGUACAAAGUGGAACGGAACAGGUGUGUUUAGAUACAGUAUUACCAUCCCACAGUCUGAGUAUCAGACAGUCUAAUGGAGAUCCCGUGGUUCUCUAUCUGGUCUGGGUCUUUGGGGUGUUGCAGUUCCAAUCCUAAGGAUUGAGUAUUGAUUAGGUAGUCUGGUAACAGUUAAGUGAAAUGAUUGAUUAUGUGCAUCCACGCAGCCUUGUGUCUUAACAGGGGGCAGAUGGGACAUUAGGGGAUGUCUGUGGGAAUGUAUAGAAUAAAUGUGACUGUGUGUGCAUAUAGGAUGCAUAUGUAAAUAUUAUGCUCACUUUCUGUGCACUGUUCCUUCUGUGUGUCUCACGCCACAGUUAUUUCAUGUUAUGGUUAGAUAGCUAACCCAUCAAGGGCACCCAAAUCUGUCAAAAUGUUCAGUAUCAGACUUAGAGAUUACAACUGCUGAGAGUGAUUAGCUUUGCGACACUGAAGCUAGCUGGCUCUACAUUCUGGUAGCAAUAACAACAAACAGAUACUUUGAGGGAACGGAAAGGUACCUGAACUCUCCUGGGCUGUUAUCGCAAAGGCCUGAGGGUUGAAGCAGUGAGGAAACGUCCACUAAGAUGGACCUAUCCUCCCUGCCUGUUACUUUGCCUGCACAACAAACAAGAAAGGGAAGAUGGACUCCUACUGUGGCCGAGCCCAUCAGAAUUGAGCAAGAAACGCUAAUACUGCUUACUGCAGCUUUAACUGUAUUGCAGUAGUUGGAUGAAGUGCUCGUCUGGGUUGUGUUUCCUGAAAGCGUUGUUGAGUCACUAGCAUCGUUUCAUGACUAUCAUUUUGAACACUCUCUCUCUUACUUGGUGGUUGCUCAACAACACUCUCAGAAAACACAGUCCUAACUGUAAAAUCAACUUAGUUAUGGUUCUGUAUUGGUAACAUGCAAUGCUUGGUUAGAUACAGUCAGUUUGACAGCAUUAACUCAGGCAUGUGGUGCACUUAUGUCUUUUGAGAAUGUCAGCUUUUGGUGUCAUUUUUAUUUUUAUUUAUUUGUAUUUGGCAGUGCGUCACUGUUUCUUUAAUGUCUUUGUUUACACUGUUCUUUUAAGGUUUGUUUACUUGCUAAAUAGAUUGAACUGUUGCAUUUUUCAGUGUAAAACCAAAACAUAAUUUCAACUGAAUUGCAAUUAAAAAAAACAUUUCUCUGA